GGAUGUGGCUUCAGGGUCAAGUCAUAUGAUAUUUUUGAAGUUAAUGGGUACAGAUUUCGGUCCGAGAAGUAUGAAAAAUCCAGAGGCAAUCUAACUACAAUUAAUACCGGGGUGCUUGCUGUUGGCACUGAUGAUGCCACAAACAAGGAUCUUGAGUACUAUGGCACUAUCAAAGACAUAAUUGAGCUAAAGUUUGAUGGUGAUAACGAAUUUAGCCUAGUUUUGUUUGAUUGCCAUUGGUUUCACCCUACUGAUGGAGUGCGUCAUUUAGAAAGAUUUGGUCUAGUUGAGGUUGCACAUGCAUCAUGUAAUCCAGCAAAUGAACCUUUUGUGCUUGCUAGCCAAGUAACACAAGUAUAUUAUCUUCCAUAUGCAUGUACUGCACAUACAAGUCUUAAUGCAUGGUGGGUUGCAUACAAGGUAAGGCCCUUAGGAAGCUUGCCCAUUACUUCAAUGGAUGAUCAUAACAGCGAAGAUUCACCAUGUGAGGAUGCCUUCCAAGAAGAUGGGUUGUACGGUCAAUUUAUUGUAGACAUGGGUCUAGGUCUUGAUAACAUCAGAAGUACUUGUUCAGAUGAGGUUACUGACCCAUUUGAACUAUCAGUGAUAAACAAUCCACAAAACGUUGUGAGUGGAGACCAUGGUAUAAUUAGCGAAGAUGGAGAAAGUGGAUUUGAUAUGGAAUCUUAUCCUGAUAUGAACAAUGAGCACUACCAAGAGGAUAUUGAUGAUUUUUAAGCUAGUAUAUAUAGUACUGCUGCAAUAUUAACUAGGAUGACACUUUCACAAAAUAGAAGAAGACAUAAUGGAACAUCCAUCACUUAUAGCAACAGAAAUAGCACAGGUACAAGUGAGAACAGGGUUGCAUCAAAUGAGGAUGCAGACGAAGUAGAACAAGCAGCAGAAAUUUACAUCCGUGGCUCAUCAGAGCUUCCACCUAUUAUUCCCAAUGUGGCAGAUCGUCCACUAAUUAGCCCUGAAGGAAAAACGCAUUGGGUAGAACGUCCGAAAUUAAGCAAGGGAAGGAAGCCAGCAAGUGUCUUGACAUGUCUAUUGAAGACCCAUCAUCCUGGUUUAGUUAAAUAUAGAGGCGAAGAUGCGGUGGCAACAACAUGGAGGCAAUACAAAUCAUGUCAGGACACAAAUGGGCGAUCCCAUGCUGAUAUGAUUGAAGGAGCCUUUUGGGUAACAUAAAUAUGUUCCACUAUUUUUGCUAUCAGUUUGAACUGCUGCAGUUAAGAUUAAUUUUUCACUGAUUUGGAUAGUAUUUCUAGAGUAAUUUGUCACUGAUUUAAGUAUAGACAUAAACUACUAUAUGCGAGUACUAUUGAUUUAAGUAUAGACAUAAACUACAUAGAUCAGCAACCUAUCUGGUGUACUAUAGAUGCUUGGAUUGCUAUGGCUGACGAGUGGUCCAAUCAAGAUUGGAUUCAAAAGUCUAUUACAAACCGUGCCAAUCGCUAUAGCACUACAUUCAAACCUCACAAAGGAGGAUCUAACUCCAUUGCGACGAUAUGUCAAAAACUGUCUGAGAAGGAAGGGCGAGAAGUAUCACAAAUUGAGGCAUGGGUCUAUACACAUCGUGGGCUAAAUCCUCAAGAUCCUAGCUCAUUGAACACGGAACAGGCUACUGCAUGCCUAGAGAGGUAUAAAACAAAGGCUAUUGAGUUAAAUGGUCUAGAAUUUGAUUGGUUGCACUCUCCAGUGGAUGCAAGAGCCCUUUAUCAGUGCUCCUGUGGUAGGCCGCAUGGGAAAUGGGCUACAUUCAAUGGGAUGGUUGAUGAUAGCGAGAUCCUAGCUGAGGCAAAGAGUGAUCGUGUAUCCUCAAGAGCUUCCAAGCGUCAACGUCAAGAAGAAGAAGAGCGUGAAAAACGACGGUUGUCCGAUGAUGCUCGUGUUGCAAAGAAAGAUGCCCAUGUUGCAAAGGAAGAUGCUCGUCUUGCAAAGGAGUAUGCUCAGACCAUUUUAGAAUGGGGUAGAGGAGUGCACAACCAAUAUAAUAGCUUGCAAAGUUUUAUGCAGAAAAUGGCUGAGCAUACUGGAAUGCCUUCAAGUGCAGUUCCACCUGUAUUGCCUCUGCCACCACUUCCUCCUACUUAUGGAGUUUCAGCCUCUCAAAACCUGUCUCCUGAAAAUCCUCAUACUGUUGGCUCAGCUAUUGGAGUAGAGAACCAGGAUGACAUUUUUCAUAGGGUUGCCCAUGGAAUGUUUGGAGGCUAUGUUAACACAUCUGGUGAGGCGGGAGGAAACUACUCUCCAAGUUUGGAUGAUCAUCUUAGCCUGUUUUGAUGAGAGCUCUGUCGAGAGUUGCAAGCUUACUGCAAGUGGUGAAGGAUAUAUUUCUUUUGUAAUUGGAUAACUUGUGUGCUAUAUUUUGGUGUCACAAAUUCUACAAACUUUUGUGCGCAUAACUAUGUGACUUGCUAAUUGGAGGGUCCUUUGCAACAUUAUUGUAUCAGUAAUAUUUCCUCUGUGAUUUGUAUUAUGACUUGGGUCUAACUUGCAUCUAAUAUGAUUCUGGAAUUUUUGUGAUAUUUAAAUGCUUUGUAUAUUUAAUCUAUUGAUCUGGUGUUACUAUAAUUAAGAUACGUAGGGAAUGAUCUUUUGUGCAUGCUCUCUAAAGAAAAUAUAAAUAAGAUUUCCCUACACAAGCAGGCAAGCAAAAUAAAACGUAGGGAAACCAACUUUCCAAAUAGGAUAGGCUAGCCAAGUCAGCGUCGUUCCCUGCCCAAAUCAACAGUAGGGAAACAGCUGGUUUCCCUACGCUUCUUGGUAGGAAGCGUAAGGCAAUUUGCCUUUCCCGACCUUUUUUCCCCUGCGAAUAGUUCCCUACGAAAAACUGUAGGGGAACUCUUUCCCUACACUUUUCAUGUCUUCCCCUAGUAAAACAAGCUGUAGGGGAAUUUGGGUUUUCUA